AUGGCUUAUCAGAGAAGGGGCUCCGAAAUGCAGCCCCAAAGGCGGAUUUUACGGACUCAAACCGCCGGCAAUUUAGGGGAGUCAAUGAUGGAUAGUGAAGUGGUCCCAUCAUCUCUGGUUGAGAUUGCACCAAUUCUUCGUGUUGCCAAUGAGGUUGAGCCUAUCAAUCCUCGUGUUGCUUACCUGUGUCGGUUUUACGCUUUUGAGAAAGCUCAUCGUUUGGAUCCCACAUCUAGUGGACGUGGAGUUCGUCAGUUUAAAACCGCCCUUCUCCAACGCCUUGAAAGGGAAAAUGAGACGACAGUGGCAACAAGAAAAGGAAGUGAUGCACGGGAAAUGAAGAGUUUUUAUCAGCACUACUACAGAAAGUAUAUUGAGGCUUUGCAAAAUGCUGCUGAUAAAGCAGACCGUGCUCGACUUACAAAAGCUUAUCAAACGGCUGCUGUGCUGUUUGAGGUCUUAAAGGCAGUUAAUUUAACAGAAGCUAUAGAGGUGGAUGAUGAGAUUUUAGAAAAACACACCAAGGUCGCAGAAAAGACUCAGAUAUACGUGCCUUAUAAUAUACUUCCGCUUGACCCAGAAAGCUCACAUCAAGCAAUCAUGAGAUAUCCGGAGAUUCAAGCUUCUGUUGCUGCACUUCGUAACACAAGAGGUCUUCCUUGGCCAAAAGGACACAAGAAGAAAGUGGACGAAGACAUUUUGGACUGGCUUCAGUCCAUGUUUGGCUUUCAGAAAGAUAACGUUGCAAACCAGAGGGAGCACCUUAUUUUGUUGCUGGCCAAUGUGCACAUCAGGCAACCAAAGCCUGAUCAGCAGCCCAAGUUGGAUGACCGAGCACUUACAGAAGUAAUGAAAAAGCUUUUCAAGAACUACAAGAAGUGGUGCAAAUAUCUUGGACGCAGGAGUAGUUUAUGGUUGCCAACUAUCCAGCAGGAAGUCCAGCAGCGGAAGUUAUUAUACAUGGGUCUAUAUCUUCUUAUUUGGGGGGAAGCUGCUAACUUGAGAUUUAUGCCAGAAUGCCUGUGCUACAUUUAUCAUCAUAUGGCAUUUGAACUAUACGGCAUGCUUGCUGGAAGUGUUAGUCCCAUGACAGGCGAGAAUGUCAAACCUGCCUAUGGCGGCGAUGAAGAGGCCUUUUUGAGGAAAGUUGUAACUCCAAUUUAUAACAUCAUAGCUGUGGAAGCUAGCCGUAGCAAAGGUGGGAGAUCAAAACAUUCUCAGUGGAGAAACUAUGAUGAUCUGAAUGAAUACUUCUGGUCACUUAAUUGUUUCAGAUUGGGUUGGCCAAUGCGUAAUGAUGCUGAUUUCUUCUGCCUUCCCAUGGAACAGACCCAUGCACAGAGAAGUGAGGGCGGUGAAUCUGUUAGAGGAGAUCGAUGGAUUGGAAAAAUCAACUUUGUUGAGAUACGUUCAUUUUGGCACAUAUUUAGGAGUUUUGAUAGGAUGUGGAGCUUCUUUAUUUUGGCACUACAGGCAAUGAUCAUAAUCUCUUGGAAUGGGUCUGGUGAUAUAAGUGCUAUAUUUGAGGGAGACGUUUUCAGGAAAGUAUUGAGUAUCUUCAUCACAGCAGCAAUACUGAAACUUGCACAAGCUGUUCUCGAUAUCAUCAUGAGUUGGAAAGCAAGAAUGAGUAUGUCUCUGCAUGUGAAGCUCAGAUACAUCCUAAAGGUUGCGUCUGCAGCAGCAUGGGUGGUUGUGUUGCCCGUGACUUACGCAUACAGUUGGCAAAAUCCUUCCGGAUUUGCAGAGACCAUUAAGAGAUGGUUUGGGCCCGGUAAUGGGCACCCUUCUUUGUUCAUCAUUGCGGUUUUAAUCUACUUAUCUCCAAACAUGCUCUCUGCUUUGUUAUUCCUGUUUCCAUUCAUUCGGAGGAACCUUGAGAGGUCAGACUACAGGAUUGUGAGGCUCAUGAUGUGGUGGUCGCAGCCACGGCUCUAUGUCGGAAGGGGGAUGCAAGAGAGCUCGUUUUCAGUUUUCAAAUAUACAGUGUUCUGGGUUCUCCUCUUGGCAGCAAAGUUGGCAUUUAGCUUUUAUGUAGAGAUAAGACCUCUUGUUGGUCCAACAAAAGAAAUCAUGGCCGUUCCUGUAAGAAGAUACCAGUGGCAUGAGUUCUUCCCUCGAGCAAAAAAUAACAUUGGAGUAGUGAUUGCUCUCUGGGCUCCUGUUAUUAUCGUGUACUUCAUGGACACUCAGAUAUGGUAUGCCAUUUUCUCCACAAUAUUUGGGGGUAUAUAUGGAGCAUUUCGCCGUCUUGGAGAGAUUCGAACACUGGUAAUGCUUAGGUCCCGUUUUCUCUCACUGCCUGGUGCUUUUAAUGCCCGCUUGAUACCAGCAGAAAAAGAUGAAAAACCUAAGGGACUAAAAGCCACCUUCUCCCGGAAAUUUGCUGAGAUUCGAUCUAAUAAAGAUAAGGAAGCAGCAAGGUUUUCUCAGAUGUGGAACAAAAUAAUUGAAAGUUUCAGAGAGGAGGAUUUAAUAAACAACAGGGAAAUGAACCUUUUACUCGUACCAUAUCGAGCUGACCGCGAACUUGACCUUAUUCAGUGGCCUCCAUUUUUAUUAGCCAGCAAGCUUCCUAUAGCUCUUGAUAUGGCAAAGGAUAGCAACGGGAGAGAUAGGGAGCUAAAUAAAAGAUUGAAUGCUGACAUAUAUAUGAAAUGUGCCAUCCGCGAGUGCUAUGCUUCUUGUAAGAACAUCAUUAACUUUCUGGUUUUGGGAGAACGUGAGAAGCUUGUCAUAAAUGAGAUUUUCUCCAAAACCGACCAUCAUAUAGUGGAAGGUGAUCUAUUACAAGAGUUUAAUAUGAAUGCUCUCCCUAACCUCUACGAUCAAUUUGUGCAGCUGAUAGAAUAUCUGAGAGAAAAUAGGAAAGAAGACAAGGAUCAAGUGGUGAUUGUCUUGCUUAACAUGCUUGAGGUCGUGACCAGAGACAUUAUGGAAGACAGUGUUCCUAGUAUGCUAGAGUCCAGCCAUGGUGGGUCAUAUGAAAUGCAUCAGGGGAUGACCCCUCUUGAACAACAGUAUCAGUAUUUUGGGACACUUCGCUUUCCAAUUACUGAAGAAACAGAUGCUUGGCAAGAGAAGAUUGGGAGGCUUCAUCUGCUGUUGACCGUGAAGGAAUCAGCUAUGGAUGUCCCAUCUAAUAUAGAGGCGAGGAGGCGCAUUUCAUUCUUUUCGAAUUCUUUAUUUAUGGACAUGCCCGUAGCUCCCAAAGUCCGCAACAUGCUCUCCUUCUCCAUUUUGACCCCUUACUACGAUGAAGAGGUUCUCUUCUCUAUGGACCUGCUGGAAAAGCCCAAUGAAGACGGUGUUUCCAUCUUGUUCUAUUUACAAAAGAUAUUCCCAGAUGAAUGGGAUAAUUUUAUGGAACGGGUCGGUUGCAGCAGUGAGGAUGAUCUAAAAGGAAACCUGAAAUUGGAAGAAGAGCUACGCUUAUGGGCAUCAUAUAGAGGCCAAACUUUGACUAAAACUGUGCGAGGCAUGAUGUAUUAUCGGCAAGCUUUGGAACUGCAAGCUUUUCUUGAUAUGGCAAAUGAGGAAGAUUUAAUGAAAGGCUACAAGGCUGCUGAACUGAAUACUGAGGAACAAGUGAAAAAUGAAGGCUCGUUGCUAACACAAUGUCAAGCUGUAGCAGACAUGAAGUUCAGUUACGUGGUCUCAUGCCAACAGUAUGGAAUUCAGAAAAGAUCUGGUGAUCGACGGGCGGCGGAUAUUUUGAGACUCAUGACCAAGUACCCCUCUGUUCGUGUAGCUUAUGUUGAUGAGGUUGAAGAAACGGGUAGGGAUAAAUCUGGUAAAAUGGUCGAGAAAGUAUACUAUUCAGCACUCGUGAAAGCUAUGCCAAAAUCUGUUGAUACAUCUGACCCAGAUCAGAAGUUGGACCAGGUUAUUUAUCGGAUAAAACUUCCAGGACCUGCAAUAUUGGGUGAGGGCAAACCAGAGAAUCAAAACCAUGCCAUAAUCUUUACACGCGGUGAAGGCUUGCAAACAAUUGAUAUGAACCAGGAUAACUAUAUGGAAGAAGCCUUCAAAAUGAGAAACCUAUUGCAAGAGUUUCUCAAAAGGCAUGGCGUAAGGAAACCAACUAUUCUUGGGCUGAGAGAGCAUAUUUUUAUGGGCAGUGUAUCUUCACUUGCAUGGUUCAUGUCAAACCAAGAGAACAGUUUCGUGACUAUUGGCCAGAGGCUGCUGGCUGAUCCACUGAAGGUUCGUUUUCAUUAUGGCCAUCCGGACGUGUUUGAUAGAUUGUUUCACCUGACGAGAGGUGGUGUCAGCAAAGCAUCCCGAAUCAUCAACUUAAGCGAGGACAUCUUUGCAGGUUUCAACUCCACACUCCGUGGAGGUAAUGUCACCCAUCAUGAGUACAUACAAGUGGGCAAAGGAAGAGAUGUGGGUCUCAAUCAAAUUUCACUUUUUGAAGCAAAGAUAGCAUGCGGCAAUGGGGAACAAACUCUAAGUCGUGACAUUUAUAGGCUAGGGCACCGCUUCGACUUCUUCCGCAUGAUGUCCUGUUUUUUCACCACGUUGGGCUUCUAUUUUUGUACUCUGCUUACGGUCCUCACUGUAUACGUGUUCCUGUACGGCCGCCUUUACCUCGUCCUGAGCGGCCUCGAGGAGGAGCUGAGCCGGAACCGCGCGAUCCGGGACAACAAGCCCCUUCAGGUGGCACUGGCUUCCCAGUCGUUCGUCCAGAUUGGCCUCCUCAUGGCCCUCCCCAUGAUGAUGGAGAUCGGCCUCGAGCGCGGCUUCCGCAACGCCCUCACCGACUUUGUCCUCAUGCAGCUCCAGCUUGCAUCCGUCUUCUUCACCUUCUCCCUCGGCACCCGCACCCACUACUUUGGCCGCACCAUCCUCCACGGCGGGGCCCGCUACAGAGGCACCGGCCGCGGCUUCGUCGUCUUCCACGCCCGUUUCGCUGACAACUACCGUCUCUACUCCCGCAGCCACUUUGUCAAAGGGAUCGAACUCAUGAUCCUGCUGCUCGUCUACCACAUCUUUGGCCGGGCCUACCGGGGAGUGGCCGCUUAUGUUUUUAUCACCGUAUCUAUAUGGUUUUUGGUGGGGACGUGGCUUUUUGCACCAUUCCUGUUCAACCCGUCGGGUUUUGAGUGGCAGAAGAUUGUGGAUGAUUGGACGGACUGGAACAAGUGGAUGAACAACCGGGGUGGGAUCGGAGUGCCGCCCGAGAAGAGCUGGGAGUCGUGGUGGGAGAAGGAGCACGAGCAUCUGUCGCAUUCCGGGACCCGCGGGAUCAUUUUUGAGAUACUGCUGUCGUUCCGUUUUUUUAUAUAUCAGUUUGGGUUGACAUAUCACCUCAGCUUCACUUCUGACAAGAGCUUCUUGGUGUAUGGUCUAUCGUGGUUAUUCAUCUUUGCAGUCCUGCUAAUUUUGAAGGUUGUUUCUGUUGGAAGGAGACGGUUUAGUGCUGAUUUCCAACUCGUGUUCCGAUUGAUCGAGGGCCUUCUUUUUCUUUCAUUUGUAGCUUGUUUUGAUCACCCUAAUAGCUCUUCUUCACAUGACAUUCGUUGA